AUGACUUCUUCAAUCCCAGCUCCAUCCUGGGCCUACUCCCACGACGUGACCUUUUCCAACCCGGUCUUCUCACAUCACACAAUUAGGAACGCCAACAAGUCAGAAGUCGCACUCGCCCCAGAGAACUUCCGACCAAACGGGGGCUUCACAGCGGCAACCACCAGAUUAUUCCCCAACAGCAACAGCAACAGCAACAGCAACAGCAACAGCAACAGCAACAGCAACAGCAACAGCAACAGCAACAGCAACA